ACUAACUAUACAGAGACCCCCACCCCCAAAUAACUAACUAUAGUGCCUGCACCUCUCCUUACUGUCCCCUGGCUGGCACAGAGUGCCUGCACCUCUCCUUACUGUCCCCUGGCUGGCACAGAGUGCAUGCACCUCUCCUUACUGUCCCCUAGCGGUCACAGAGUGCCUGUACCUAUACUUACUGUCGCUGGCUGUCACAGAGUGCCUGCACCUAUACUUACUGUCGCUGGCUGUCACAGAUCGCCUGCAUCUCUCCUUAUUGUCCCCUGGCUGUCACAGAGUGCCUGUACCUAUACUUACUGUCUCUGACUGUCACAGAGUGCCUGCACCCCCUUGUUUCAUAUGCCAGUCACAUGAUGCCUCUAAUUUAUUCCACCAAUGCAUAUAAGCGGUUAUUUCUGGUGUCAUGGGAUGUCGACGCUGCGGAUGAUUUUUCGCUUACAUACUUUGGUUGAAGAUUUCCGAUUCUGCCGUUCUUUGAUUUUCCGGCAAAACCUCGGCCCUGGGUCACAAAAGAACUUGAUCCCUUGUCCUUGCCAUCUGUCUACUAGUAGCUCACUGUGUGCCAAGCCUCGGGAUCUCACCAGGAGGAAGAGAGACUUGUCUGAGAAGAAACUGACGCGGCAUUUUGUAGACCAACGCAGAGUGCGGGUGCUAGGAGGAUCUGGCGGUAAUGGUGCUUCGUGUUUUCACAGUGAGCCCCGGAAGGAGUAUGGGGGUCCAGAUGGAGGGGACGGUGGAAACGGGGGGCACGUGAUCUUCAAAGUGGAUCCCAAUAUCAAGUCUCUGUCUGCGAUCGUCCCGGUCUAUCAGGGGAAUCAUGGGGAGCCUGGCAGGAGUGGCAAUUGCUUUGGAAGAAAUGGAGAGCACAUAAAUGUUGGGGUUCCAUUGGGAACUUUAAUUAAAGAAGACGGGAUGGUUCUGGCUGAUCUCUCUCAGCCAGGAGAGCAGUUUGUUGCGGCUCACGGUGGAGCAGGUGGGAAAGGAAAUCGAUUUUUCCUCAGUAAUGAGAACCGUGCGCCUAUGGUGGCCACACCGGGUGAUCCUGGCGAGGAGAGGGUCCUGCAAUUGGAAAUUAAAACCAUGGCGCACGCUGGCAUGGUGGGAUUCCCCAAUGCAGGGAAAUCCUCUUUAUUGCGCCUUCUCUCAAAUGCCCGACCUGCCGUGGCCCCAUAUCCGUUUACCACCCUCAAUCCUCACGUGGGAAUCAUUAACUACAGAGACUACGAGCAGGUCUCAGUGGCUGACAUUCCUGGCAUCAUCGAAGGGGCCCAUCAAAACCGUGGACUGGGCAUCUCCUUCCUGCGUCACAUUGAGCGUUGCCUCUUCCUCCUCUACGUGUUGGACCUUACCCACCCAGAGCCCUGGACACAGUUGCAGUCCCUGCAAUAUGAACUUAAGCAGUUUGACGACCGCCUCCCCAGCCGCCCACACGUGAUUGUGGCUAAUAAAAUAGACCUUCCUCAGUCUCGUGAAACCUUGGAGCAAUUGCGUCAGAAGACUGAGAGUAAAAUUAUUGCAGUCUCAGCACUAACUGGGGAGAAUGCAGAAGAACUAAUAUUACAUCUACGGGAGCUGUAUGAUAAAUAUCGAACAGACCACAAGGAUAGGAAGACUUACUUACACUGGUGACCACUUGACGCCCCAGAGGACUGCUGGACACAUAUAUUUAUCUUUCUUAUCCAGGUUUCUAAACGAUGAUUAAUAUGCCCCUUAUUGCAGCUCAAUUUUCCUACAAUUGGAUUUAAUCAUAACAAUAAUUGACAUAGAUAGAUAGAGAACCUUACCACUAGGUGGUGCUCUUUACCGUGUGUUAAUUAAAUGAUUCUCAUUGGGAUUUUUUUCCGGAUACAUUUAAAACGUAACAUGUUCGGGUGUCACUG